AUGUUGCCUGACUUUAUGAUCCCAAUCCUGAUCAAGAAGUCCUUCAUCCAGCUCCCCACUGACAAUCUCAUCACCACUGCCACUGAUGAUCAAUCUAUUGACCAGCACCCCAUCCUGUGUCUCAUGGAUGAAGGAGCCAAGGCAGGUGCUGUGGGUAUGAUUCCCAUCCUCAAUGGGCACCAUCGUUGGGAGGCCAUGAAGAUGGCCUUUCAGAUCUGCAACAAUGAGAUCCCCAAACUUGAGACUGAGCUGGCAUCAUGGGAGAAGCAAUCAACAGCCAACCCACACAACAUGCAGCUGAAGGAUUUUGUGGAUGAUUGUUGCAGUGCUUCGAAGCAACGAAAAUCAUUUUUGGACAAAUAUGAUGACAGAUGGCUUGUCAUUGUCUAUGACCAAGAAACCAUUGAGAAGGAACUGGUCAAAGGGUCCCUUGUCAUCCAUUCCCUUUGUCAUAUCCAUACAAUCCCAACCUCUGCUCCAGGCUCCCAGAACUCCAAAACUGACUCCAGAGCCCUACUUCCCUUCCAUCACCUUCUCCUUAUCCCACCUCCAGCUCUGACACCACCUUUGGUCUGA